AUGGCUUCCUCCUCCUCCUCCCCACCAAAACCCAUCGUCCUCUCACUCACAAAGAAACCCCAACCCAUCCCUUGGACCCACCAAGAAACAAUUAAUCUCAUCACAGCCUAUCAAGAAAAAUGGUACUCUCUCAAACGGGGCCCACUCCGCGGCAGUCAAUGGGAAGAAGUCGCCGUUGUCGUCGCCGCUCGUUGCGGCUACGACUACAACCACCCUUCCAAAUCCGCCCUCCAAUGUCGUCACAAAAUGGAAAAACUCCGCCAGCGUCACCGAUCCGAAAAACACCGUCUCUCCGCCACUUCCUCCGCCGCAUCUUCCCGCUCUUGGCAGUACUUCCGUUUGAUGGACGAUCUUGAACGCGGUCCUCUCCCUAUCUCCGUCCGUCCAAUUCCUCACAACCACAACAUCGAAGAUGAAGAAUUAGACGACGAUAUCAAUUGUGAUAGGGGAAAGCGUAGUUUUAGGUCAAGGAGUAUUAAUAAUAUUCUAAAUCAGAAACCAGAAGUAACAACAAGAAGAGAACGUGAUGAUGAUGAUGAUGAAAGAGUGACGGCGAAGGGGUUGACGGCGGAGUUAAGAGAUUUUGCGGAGAGAAUUAUUGGAUUGGAAAAUAUGAAGAUGGAGAUGAUGAAGGAAACAGAAAGGUUUAGGUUGGAGAUGGAGAAUAAACGGAUGCGUUUGAUACUUGAAUCACAGUGGAGGAUUGUUGAUUCCAUUGGAAGGGCUUUUCGGUCUUCAUAG